UGAAGUUUUAGGGGUUAGGGUUUUUUGGCCACCGGCGCGGCAAUGGAGGAUUCUCGUCCCGUGGAGGUCGCGACGCCGGCAUCGAGCGAUUCUACAGGUGCUCUGCUGCAAAAUCUAGAGAUUUCUGGGCAAGAGAAGCAGCAGCAGCAACCCGAUGAGGCGGAGGCGAAGAAUCGCAGGAGCAAGAACAAGAGCAAGAAGAAGAAGAAGAACUUCGUGCUGGAGCCUUCCUUUCCCUGGAAGGUAGCGACUGUGAAGAAUCGAGGCCGCUGUGCCGUCGCGACGAGGGCGAUCAAGGCUGGAGAGGUUGUCGUGGCGGAGCAGGCCAUAGCAUUUGUUCCUCGCGGGCAGUAUCGCAAGGCAAUCUGCCAUGUCUGUGGCGUCAAUGUUGCAGAGAAUGGCCCAAAGUUCGAGUGCUCCGCGUGUAACUACACGAUCUUCUGCGAGGAGUGCUACAAGCCUCCACAGGGAUCACACGAGAAUUACUGCGCUGUGUAUAGAGAGAUCGCCAGCAUUGCCAGAGACGAAAACUGCGAUGCUGAUCUUUUAAGGUUGGUUUUCAACCUUGCAUUGAAAAAGGCUGGCACGGCUCAGAACUCGAAAGAUGAAACUUGCACAGUAGACGGUGUGAUACACUCUUGUUUCAAAGACGCUCUGGGCUUGGAAACUCACAGGAGCAAAGCACCAUCGAGUUGGCUGGAGGCGGUCCGAAACGGAUGCACCCGGCUGCACAAGAUUGCUUGCGUGGGAAACGGUGGGAAACCAGCUCCUGUAUCGUGCAGUAUAGAAGAAUUGGAAAUGCUGGCCACUCUGAUCAACACCAAUUCUCAUGGUAUGGGUGCACAGAAUCUACAAAACACGCAUGUGGCCCUCGGCCUAUUUCCAUAUGUUUCUAUUCUUAACCACUCUUGCCGGCCAAACUGCUGUUUUGCUUCGGAAGGUUCUGUGAUGUACGUGCGAGCAGUCCAAGAUAUUCCGAAGGGAGCUGAGCUUUGUCUUUCAUACAUUAACUUAUAUGAGUCCCGCCGAGUACGCAAAACACUGUUGGUGGCAACAAAGCAUUUCGACUGUACUUGUGACCGCUGCGUAGAGCCUCUGAACACAUCCAUUGACAGAUUUCUUGAGGGCUGUGUCUGCCAUGUUAGAGGCUGCGGGGGAGUUUUUCUCAGAACGGCAGCUUUGCAUGAAGAUCAAGCGUCGUCAACUACAUGGGAAUGUGAUUUGUGUUCGCGGAUCCUGGAUCCAGAGUCUAUGAGGUUCAAGGAUCCUCCUUGGGAAGUGAUUGCCAAAGCCGAGGAGAGGCUUGUGGCUGCGGUUCGUAUUUACAGCGAACGACGCUUCAAGGAGGCCCGGAAAUUACUGGAAAGCUAUCUAUCUGAGUUCACGGGAAAGCUGCACCCUCUUCACGUGUUCCUCUUCGAUGCUUUGACUCCACUUAUGAACUGCUGCCGAGCGAUGGGAGAUGCUGAGGAAGGACUGCGCGUUUGUCGUCUCAUAUUGCAGUGCAUGGAAAAGGUCCUACCAGGUCCAUCACUCGAGCUUGCGAACUUUUACUUUUGCCUGGGCGAAAUGUACCUCGAGAAAGCACAGGCUUCGUCUCCAGUUAUUGCAAAGAGAUCAAACAAGCAGGCUCAGGAAGCUUUUCAACGUGUGAAGAGCAUCAGAGGCGUCUGUCUAGGAAAACCAAGUUUGCCUUCGUGAAGCGUAAGAAGAUAGUAUCGACGGUGUUCUUUUCGGCAGAAUUUUUAUAUAUGUUUCUUUCUUCUAAUUCCCUGUUUUCGCAACGC